UACGUGCUGUGGCUGUCACAAAGUUGAUGCAGCACAAAUUUUAAAGCAUUGCAAAACAAUCGCAGUUUUGUAGUGUAAUUAAUUGCUCUAGGAACUUUAUCAUAAACAUCUAAUAUUUCCGCGUUGUGAAGUUUAAUGUUAUGUUGUAGAACAGGUGUAUCGGAAAAGCUGGAAGUAACCUUGAAGUUCGAUUGGUGUACUCUUUGUUUUGGUUUAUCCACCCAUUUCUUGGCUGCUACACUAGUGAAAGAAGAGUAGGCAUUUUUAUCUCACCCUGCGUCGCAGAUCGAAAAACAACAAGCAGCAGCAUAGGUUCGGGCCGACGUGCGUCAAGAAAGCUAAAGGAAGAUAACGAGUGGAGAGGAGGCAGAGAUCGCAGUGAGAAAUAAAAAAAACGACAACCACAAUGCGAGACGAAAAAGAUGAUGUGUCAAAGUGAAAGAGUGGCUGCUUCGUGUGUUAAAAUCAUUAAAAUGGAAAUGUUUUCUUCGGUUCAAAUUGGAUAAUAACGUAAAUUUGUUCAGAACUGUGCUCCUCUCAAGACACUGGGACCUGUGCUUAUCGGUGUUAUUGAGUAACUGGUUGUGAUUGUGCGCUGAUCCAGGCUCAGGAUCCGAAACAAAAAAAGUGUCACUAAAUGAAGAUUAAAUGAGAUCGACUGUAAGCUAUAUGUUAUCGCAAGGACCAGGAGACCCGAUAAUGGCGCAUCCCGACUACGAGCAGUAUCACUACCAUCACGGUUGUCUGCUGAUUCUGGUGCGUGGGAUCGGUCCUUUAAAACCUCGGUCAUUGCAGCGAGUUUUCGAACGAGUGCAGCGAGUGAAUAAUAUCAAAAUUCCUGAUUCAUCCGGGAUAACGAGAGAUAUUUGGGUGCGUUACAUACGGGAUCAUCCGGUGGAAAACAACGACUGGGGUGAUUUUCAGACUCACAGACGAUUGUUAGGACUGAUCACGGUCGGAAAGUUUGACAACCAAAACGAGCUCAACGAACUUUGUCGGGUUCACGAAUCGCUAAAGGUGAAAUAUACCAACACACUGUUCGACUCACGGUGCCUCUUGUUUGGACCAGCAUUUGAAGAGCUGCACAAGCUGAGCAGUGCCUUGGAGGAUAAAAAAGAUCCAACAAUAGAAAACUGCUUCCAGACGCCGUCCAACUUCAAAAGUCGAGCUUUUUUCUAUCCGGAAAAUGAUUCCUGCUCAAACUUGGAAACAAAGAUUUCAGAAUUCAUCACCUCUCUGUACUAUAUUCUGGAGCUAAAACGGCUGGAGAAGACGCAUGAAAAGAUUGACAAGGUGCCCCUUCUGCUGGCACCGUUUGAAAAGAAAGAUUUCGUUGGGCUAGAUCUGGAAAGUCGGAACAACAAAAAACGCUGCAUCGGUCGGAUGACGAAACAUCUGGGAGACCUGACUCUGCAGGCUGGCCUGGUGGCCGAAUCGCUGAACCUUUUUCAUUCUGCGAGUGAAACUCUACGUGCCAUAAGCGAUUCUCUCUGGCUGGGAGCCGCCUUCGAAGGUUUGUGUGCCGCUUCUGCCAUUCUGCUGUAUCCCAACUUUCGCUACGCAAUGUCGAUUCAACGAAAUUCUAGUCUCCAAGAGAAUACCUCUUCAUCCCCUCAGAAAUUCAAUCUUGCUCGGAGCCAAUUGCUCACUAACAAUAGCUACAAUAACGGUGAAGUGACCGGAAACAGUUUGAAUCAGAAGAAAACCAACAUGGUCAUCAAUCUGGCGAAUUCGGAAACUGCUUCCAUCCCGGAUAAAACGUCUGGUUCUUCAAAUUCUUCUGCCUCGUCUAUUAGUUCAACCUUCUCGACAAGCUCCAGCAGCGGUGGAAGUACGGCCAGUGGUAGCUCCUCAUCGCUUACCGAUUCUGGGACUUUGGUAAACAAAACAACAGCUGCUAAAAAAUUCCCCCCUAACAUCUUACAACCGGAUGAUAUUCCUGCGCGCUAUCGGGAAGCCAUCAUAAACUACAGUAAAUACCGCAACGCAGGAAUAAUCGAGACAGAAGCAGCACUCAAAGCGGCCCGAAUUUGUAUUGAACAGGGAAAAAAUCUAGACGUUGCAAUGUUUUUACAAAAUGUGCUUUACAUCAACCUAAAUAUGAGCGAACAACAGCGCGUGCGGAGGUUCGAGGUGCUUACGGAUUUGUACCAGAAAAUUGGGUACAACCGAAAAGCCGCUUUCUGUCAACGGUUGGCCGCCUGGCGCCACGUAGCCAUCAGUAAUACUAAUCCCGACUGGGGUCAAAGUUACCGGUUGAUGUUGGAAAGUUUUUCCGGACACAAACUUUCGCUGGAACCGCACGAAGUACUAGAAAACAAUACCGGUUGGCCUGUUCUGCAGAUUGAUUUGCUCCAGCAGCUGGUAGGCACGGCACGAAGAUUGGGACAAUCGGCACUUGCCACCAGGCACAUGACAUUCCUACUGCAGACAAUGUGGAAACAUUUAGGCCCCCACGAUCAGAAAGAAAUGGCUCUGCAGUUGCAAAAUCUUAGUUCCCAGUGCGAGGGAGCUCCCGUUCCGUUGGUACUGGAAAAUGGAACCGUUAUUCCGCCUGCCAAUCUGACCGACCUGCCGCUGUGCAGUCAACUGUUGGUGAAGGAUUUACCCUCUCAUUUGAGGCCGUUGAAGAUCGUAAUAGCCAAAGUAGACCAGGGACCAUUUCUGUUCACACCAAUCCACUUCAGUUCGAUGGAUCGCCGCCAGGCGAAGGACGACAGCAAGAUUUCCUUCAACUGGGUUCAGCAUGACGUCUGUGAAGUCAACGUGAAACUGACCAAUCCAUUGCCGUUCGAGCUGCAGGUGACUGAUAUUCGCCUGUUGACCACGGGUGUUGUUUUCGAGGCAUUUCCGCAAACAGUAAUGCUGCAGCCGAACGUGCUAACGACGGUUUCGCUCCACGGAACACCCAUCGAGAAGGGAGAGCUGGACAUUCAGGGUUAUAGCACGCACACACUGGGUGUUAAAUCCAACUGCCGUCUGAAGCAUAUGCUGCACCGCCGGCUGCGCAACCUGCCUUCGCAUUAUCAAAUUAAUGUGAUUCCCGCGCUUCCAAAGCUAGAACUUAAGACGAGCCUCCCCCAGACGGCGACCUUUAGUGGAAUGCCUAACGCGGACUGUGUUACCACUUCCGCUAGUAUCACGCUGUACAACGGUGAACGGGGAGAAUGCGUGGUCACCCUAACCAACACUAGCAACAUCCUGAUCGAAUAUAUUGACGCUACGUUCCAUUCGAACAUGGACGCCAAUCUGCAAAAUCGAAUCUUUCAACUGUCGAAGGAUGAACUGAUGUCGAAACUGCCAAUCAAACCGCAGGAAAGUAUCGACUUCAAAUUAAUCAUCUAUGGGGAGGCGGAUUUCCUUGGAGCAAUCGGAGCUGGUCCGCAGCUGUACCCAAAUUCUUCGCACCACGAUGGCAUCGGUAGUGCUGGACCGCAAAGCUUAACGGCAUCGCAUAGCGGCGGUGUUGCUGGAGCAACCACCUUUAGUGGAGGCAGCAAUAAUCCCAGUUCUAUACCAAGCCGGAUUAGUUCGCCAACGAAUACCCACAGACGAAACGAUCCACUAACCUCAAGUUUUCGCUCAUCGCACUCGGGCCAUUCGUCACUGGCAACGCUCAGCGUGGGGAUCGCAACUGGACAUAUGCCGCGACAACUCGAAGCGCAGUUACGCUUCAAAUACUCCGGCGGGGAGGGACUGCAGGAAGGGUUCUGCCGACAGUGUGCGAUUUCGUUCAACGUGGAAUUGCUACCGAGUGCGCAGAUCACCCACUGGGACGUGUUGUCGGCGGAAAUUCCAUCUCAAUUCUACCUGGUAUUGGAUGUGGUUAAUCUAACGGUACAGGAGAUGUCCCUCAACUACACCUCCAACAAAACAAUACUCAUCGAAGCGAAGGAAAGUUGCCGCGUUCCGGUACCAGUCGAUCGGUGUCCGCUGGAGCGCAUCCUAGCGGCAAUGGAGCAUCAGCAGCAGUCACUAACGAGCGGAUCGCUUGAUAUUCAUCCCGCAAGCAUUCUGAGCGGCGUAGGGGUGACAACUAGUAGCGCGGGCGAUACGUCCGAUCUAACCGAGCGCGUUUGCUCCGAGCAUAUUGCGGAAAAUGUAAAUUUGAAGUGGUCGCUGCCAGGGUUGGAUUGCAGCGGAGCUGCUUCGCUACGAGGAAUUACGCUGUCGCCAGCGAUGCUGGAUCUGGUGACGGUACCACCGUUGCAAUGGGAAGUCAAAGUGGACAAUCAACCCGUAGCCCCACAAUCCGAGGUAACAUGCGUGACAGGCCAAUUCAUGGCUCUUAGCAUCGGAAUCUGCAACUUGUCGGCUUCGGUUCUACACCAGGUGCAGUUAUCCGUUCAGUUCUACCAAGACUACCAGAAUGGCCACCACAACUAUCGGCUGGAGACGCGAGUCACAAUGACUGGACCGAACCACAUCGUCAUCCCGUCGCUGAACAAAGACGAGAAAGCAUUCCAUGAGUGUUCGGUGCUGUUUUUCACGCCCGGACGCUUCAAGGCGGACAUCCAGUGUCGAUCGCUCAGCUCGAUGGGUGACGGCUCGGCGCCGAACUGCGUUGCCGUCGGGUCGGUCGCAUCAUCCUCAUCGCACGUCUGGCGUUUCAUUCCCCCGGUGGAAAUCACCGUGAUCGAUCAGUAAACGUCAGCAAGCAAAGCAACAGCAGCAAACAAAACUAGCAAACACAAACUGUUUAAUGUGUUACAGCCAAAACUAGUAGAACAGUUCAGCUAACGUAGCGUUGUACGUAAUCAAACGAAAUCUGCACGCCCCAGAUGAAAUUGGAGUAAAAAUGGGGAUCCACAUGUUUAUUAUUUUUGCCAAUCGUUUCUUUUUAAUCAUUAUUAUUUUACAUAGCUAAUAAGUAGGUUGUUAACCGUCAAGACGUUCGGUAAAUUAUUAUUGGAAUGUAUAGCAAUAUAGAAAGAUGACAUUAGGCCGCUUUUGUCCAAGACAAAGGCUACAACGGUUCGGCUGAAUCGUCACUACAAACAAGUACAUAGCUUUCACUUUAUAGUUUUUUUUUCUUUCACCUUUCAUUGAACGGUGAUUACUCAAAGCAUCUUAUCUACGUAUAUGCAGAAAGAAAUUAAUUUGCUCGUAAUAUUUUUUGUUUUACACACCUGAAGAAUAAUUCUCACGCUGUUACAAAUUUGUUUAUAUAAUUUGUGUUGAAAUCGACGGUCAGCUCGGGUGACUAAAAAUCUGUAAUUGCACAGAACAGGUUCGGAGGUAAACUGGCAGGUCUGCGGUAAAACAGUUCGUACAUUAGAACUACUAUUAUAGGACGCUGCUAGAACACUAAGACUUUUUGUUAGACGGAGGAAAGGAUGUUAUUUAUUAUUUAAUAAAAAAAUUGGCUAAAGCUA